GGCUCCCCGCCCACCGCUGCUCUCUGCUGCCUGUCUGCCUGACUGCCUGCCUACCCGACUGCCUGUCUGCUGGGCGGACUGGGGCAGAUCCGAGCCGACCAGUUCCGCGUUCUAUCCUCACCCAGUGCACGGACCGGAGUGAGCAGGAGAACCGGGCAGUGUCAUGGUGGACAUUCCUGCCCAGCCGCGGCAUCCAUAACUCCGCGGGCAGAGCGAAAGUGUGGCCGGAGGUCACUUGAACUUGAGGUCAAAAGGACAUCAGACAAGCCCAUGUCACCAUGCGCCACUAGAAGAACGAAGACGUCAACAGCAGCGGCACCGUAAUGAUGAAUGAACCGACUGGGAUGAGGCCGACUAUGCAGAAGUCUUCGGCCUCACUGUCGUCAGCUGACCUCUGACCCCUCGUGGGACGGGGAGGGAAGCAUGACAUCUUACUCUCCAGGAAUUCUGGGAAUUUAACAAACGAGGUUGUUUGAAACAGGAUUGCACAGACUGGUCACCUGGUGUUGUUUUGUUCGUCUUCAAAUGGGACUAACAUGGUUCAGUGAAGAUGGAAUGAGAUCUGUGUGGGAGAUGAUGCUCAAGAAAAACUGAUUACCAAAUAGAAAUUGGGUCAAGGAUGGAGCAGGAUUUUACACAGUAGGCGCUCUCAUUUCUCUCAGAAAUUGUGGAUAGUGAACAUUUGUAUGCACUAGUCUGGACUAACAUUAGCCAGUGUUGGAGAAGAUACCUAACCGUGUGUCACCCGAUAUUCGCCUGUAACCGUAAUCUUUUCCAUUCCGUUUUGUUGUGAAUGGACGUCGGACUCUUCCAAAAGCUAGAAGGUGACCUUUCCCUUCAGCUUUAAACUGUAACUCUGACCCCUGGUCAGUCUUUUGCUGUAGCGUUGCAAAACAACAAAAAAGGACUCCAAACAUGGCUGCCACCGGAAGGAAGCACAUGGUGAAGGACUUUAACCAUUUCAUCACCUGUUACCUGUGUCGAGGUUACCUGAUAAAACCGACCACGGUCACCGAGUGCCUGCACACCUUCUGUAAGAGCUGUAUCGUGCAGCACUUUGAGGACAGUAACGACUGUCCUAAAUGUGGCAUUCAGGUCCAUGAGACCAACCCACUGGAGAUGCUCAGGUUGGACAACACCCUGGAGGAGAUCAUCUUCAAGCUGGUGCCUGGACUCAGAGAAAGAGAGGAACAGCAUGAAGUGGAAUUCUGGAAGAAGAACCAACCCAGAGUAAAUGGCCAAGAAACUGUGCGGUGUCAGCGGUUUGGGCUGCCUGAUGUUGGAGGGGAUUAUGAUGACGGUGGUGGUGGCGGCGGUGGAGGGGGUGAUGAUGAUGACCAUGGCGGCGAUGAAGAUUACCACAGGAGUGACCCUCAGAUAGCCAUCUGUCUGGACUGCCUGCGCAACACGGGACAGUCUGCGGAGAGCACUGUCACGGAUUUGAUGAAGAGGUUCAUCCGCUGCUCCAGUCGAGUCACAGUGGGAACAAUUAAGAAGUUUCUUAGUCUUAAACUCAAGCUGCCCAGCUCCUAUGAGCUGGAUGUGCUUUGUAACGGAGAGAUCAUGGGAAGAGAUCACACUCUGGAGUUCAUCUACAUGACCCGAUGGAGGCUACACGGAGAGAAUACACACCCCAUGGUUCUCGAGUACCGUCCACGAAUCGACUUUGGCUGAACCACAGCUGCAAGAAGAGGACCACACACACACACACACACACACACACACACAUAUACAGGACUGUCUCAGAAAAUUAGAAUAUUGUGAUAAAGUUCUUUAUUUUCUGUAAUGCAAUUAAAAAAACAAAAAUGUCAUGCAUUCUGGAUUCAUUACAAAUCAACUGAAAUAUUGCAAGCCUUUUAUUCUUUUAAUAUUGCUGAUUAUGGCUUACAGCUUAAGAAAACUCUAAAAUCCUAUCUCAUAAAAUGUUAAUAUUUCCUCAGACCAAGUUAAAAAAAAGAUUUAUAACAGCUGAGUGUUUGUCAAGGCUCAGGAAACCCUUGCAGGUGUUUCGAGUUAAUUAGACAAUUCAAGUGAUUUGUUUAAUACCCUACUAGUAUACUUUUUCAUGAUAUUCUAAUAUUUAGAGAUAGGAUAUUUGAGUUUUCUUAAGCUGUAAGCCAUAAUCAGCAAUAUUAAAAGAAUAAAAGGCUUGCAAUAUUUCAGUUGAUUUGUAAUGAAUCCAGAAUGCAUGACAUUUUUGUUUUUUGAAUUGCAUUACAGAAAAUAAAGAACUUCAUCACAAUAUUCUAAUUUUCUGAGACAGUCCUGUAUAUACACACACAGACGUGCAUAACAAGUACAGAAAACAUUACACAAAUGCAAACAUGCCCACAAUGUGCAGAGAAAGAGAGAUUUAAAUGUAUUUUUGUACAGCCAAUGAUGAAGUGCAUAUGUUGUCAUGGUAAAGAGGUUUUAUGCUACAUAGAAUAAUAUAUGCUAUUGUAUAUGAUAUUUUUAAAUGUUUGUCCCUGUGCCUAAAAACUUGUUUGAGAUCAAAUGAAGUAUGACCACAUCUUCACUUUGCCCGUCUAACUCUGUAGAUUAAAUGUUGAUUUUCUACUGUU